CGGUAGGUUGUUAUAUUAUUAUAUUCAUCAAUUAUCAUAAUUAUUAUAUUGAUAAGUUCUUGUAUAGAUAUUUGCUAAGUCAUUAAUAAAUUUUUCCCGUAGAUAUUUUUUAUCUCGUUGACGAAUUUUUAGAUACCUACUAAUUUAUUUGCAAAUUUUAAUACUAAUAAAAUUAUUAGCGAAUUUCAAUUUUAGAUAUAAACGAACAGUCAUUUAUGAACUUUUCCAGUAAAUACCUAGUAUUAGUCGAUGAAAAAUUUUUUCAAUAGAUACUUAUUAAGCCAUUGACGAGCUUUUUCUGUACAUACCUAUAAAGUCAUUGACGAACUUUUUCUGUACAUAUCUAUAAAGUCAUUGACGAACUUUUUCUGUACAUACCUAUAAAGUCAAACGAAUUAUAUAUGAUUUUAUAUAACAGUAUAAGUAAAUUAUUGAUAAAUUCUUCUUUAGAUAUAUCAAGGAAGUUAGACAUAAUCUAUUAUAUGGCAAUAAAUAAAAUUCAUUGAUGAAAUUAAACACAUGUUGAUAAAUUGUUAAAAAAAAAGUAAGGCAGCGAUAAUAUAUGGCUUUAAAAUUAAAUAAAAUUUAUGAUAAAAAAUAAAUUGGUGAAAAUAAAAAUAUUAAUAACGUUAAAAGUAUUGUUGAAAACGUGACAAAAUAAAACAAUUUUAUAACGCUGUCAUUUUUAAAAAGGUUCUUAUCCAAAUGGGCACGAUCCUGAAGAAUGGAGGUCGAGGGUUGAAGGUCGAAGGAAGCGUAGGGGUGAGUUUAGUUGCGACGUUCCUUCACAGUGUAACCCAUAGUGAAGGCCAUGACAUGUGUUGGCGGCGGGGGCGACGACGCAACUACUACAAAUAGGCCGUAGCUCCGUCGAAAGCAUCUAUCCAUGCGAGCGGACUAGUCGCGUGCUCCUUCCUUACCAGGUGAGUAAUCCUUUCAACCUAGGAAUGUAAUCCACUUCAAAAGACUUUCCACCCGUUCGUGUUUCAUCGGCUUAGUCAGGAAUUCUUUUAUCAAUACGUAAAAUUCUCUGUCUCGUGGGUGUGUUGAAUGGCCGCGUGGAUAUGGCAGGGGAAUAUUUUGAGACGACGUAUGUACCGGAAAUCAAGGAUGCCGAGAGCAAAGAGCGAGAAAGACAACUCGUUCAAGAGGGCACGGCUAUGUGGAAGCACCAGAAGGAGGAGUUUCUACGUCAAAAACAUCGAGAACAACGAGAAUUGCGAGAGAUUCUGGAGAACUACUCGCCUUGGGGUAAACCAGGCGGUGGUGCUCCGUGCCCAGCAACCUUAAGAAAGAAAAAUGUUCUUUUGGAGCCAUUGGAACCCAUCAAGAAUCAUAUGGCUGGUCAGGGAUGGACUAGUGAUUCGACGAUCCAGAGGCUUUUUCAUAAAAGGGACAUCGAUCCUCUGACUAUUCCAGACAUGAAUAAAUUCUUCGAUUCGAAUGUGGAACCGGAUAUCGGAUCGCAUUUACAAUCAUCAAGGGGUACAAGAAGUCUCUACAACGAGGAGGUCCAGGUGUAUAAGCUCACUGGUGGUGUAGAAUUAGUGCCGUUGUUAACUAGCAGACGUUAUCAUUCACAACCGCAGACUGUUCGCUAUCAUGUGACUGACAUUACUCGGCCAGGAUAUACGAUAGAAUCCCUGCGUUCACUCGAAAUUUCUAACAGAAAGUACAUCGCAGAGCUUGCUGAACAGAUACGAUGGAAACAAGAUAAAGCAUGCGAGGAACGUCGUGCGGAACAAGAAAGCUGCAGACGACAUUUUGAUACCUGGCGAAAGCUCUGGGGUAGACCGGGUCACGGUGCACCCAUAGAUCAUGUUCACAGAAACAAUCUUUAUAAUAUUCUUUAUCGUCCAGUUAUCUAUUGAAUUUCUACGCAACAUGCCUCGUGACUUGGAAACUUAUAAACGAAAUUGGAUACCAAUGGUAUUAGAAAGCUUUCACUGUUAUCUUCGUUAAUAUUUCAAUCCACUUUUGUAGAUAUCAUCGAAUUAGAUCUGAGAGAUCAAAAAUAACGAAAGGAAAAAAAAAUAAAAGAGAAUGUUUGCAUAUCUUGCCGAAGAACAGUCACGAAUCGAUAAACAUUUUGAAGAUUAGAUUCUUCUUGUAUCAUUACGAUGAAUCUUAGAGAAAUAAGAUAAAUCUGAAAAAGAUACUUUGUUAUCGUUUAUAUCAUGGUGAAUUGCCCGGAGAUGAAAAAGCGACAAGUUUGUCAGCAGCCUAUUAAAUUUUAUGAAAGUCUGUCGCUAGGAGCUACGAAGAGACGUUUGAUAUACCUGCACCGUGGGACGUAGAUCGCGAUUGACCAGACCUCAAAGGAGCAAUCUCGAGAGGGGAUGCAGCUCGAUCGACGGGUAUUAAAUUUCAUGAACGCCAAGGAACGAUCAUUUGAAUAUAUGUAUGGCCAGGGUUAGAAAGUGCCCUUAGUCGUUGUUGUCAAAAGAAACUGCGUCCAUGUUCGAAGGUGGAAUUUUAAGUUCUCUAAGAAUUCUUCUUGUCGCGUAGAAAAAUAUAUCCGAUCAUAAAAUUAAAUUUUUAUUUUAAAUAAUGAUCCUUGUUACAGAAAAGAACAUUUUGUGACAUUGGAAAUUUUACAUAAAGGGAGCAAUGCGAGCAUAUAAAUUAACAAAGUUUGAGCGAUUAAUUUUUAAAUAAUAUUCAAGUACGAUAGACAUCGCUAGAAAUUGACAUUUUUUCGAUAAUUAAUAGUUUCAUGGUGGUCGCUUGUACUUGAUUCACUCGAUAUAUGUUAAUUAACAUGGACGUUAGACCGAGAACGACAGAGAGUUGUCUUACUAAUACAGUCAUAAUUUAAUUGGGCUUACUUCAAGCGAUAUGAUUCUUGGUUUAUACCUUCAAAGGAUCAAGUGCCUCUCUAUUUUUUCUCCCUUCUCCCUAGUAAAGAGAAACAACGAAUCCUUUUCUCUUUCCUGUUUUGCUAGAAAAACGACUCCUGGUAACCUCGCACAUUCUCUCUAGUCUCACAUUUCCCCCGCCUUUAUUCCCCUACAGACCUACUCUCACUCUCUUCUCCCCCUCUUUUCCCUUUCCUCAUUCAGCGGUAGCGCGUUGUGCAGUUAUACGAGCAACUACUGUGUUUUCCCUAUUGUCUGACUAUUGUGUACCCGUUACCACUAUGCGUCGGACCGUUUGUAUAAAGGGUGAUUCAUUUUCAGCGAAAUAUCAGUUCCUGCGCCUCAUGAAUUUCAACUCUCGCAAGCGCGUAAAACCACGCGUCCUGUAUAUUUAUUUCUCUUGCUACGCGUAUAUCCCUCUUAUUCUCUCUCUUCCGUAUCCAUUUCCCGUUACGUCUUCCGUUCUCUCUCCCUAUCACGUUACACCUCUAUCUUCCUUUACUAUCUAUGCGUUUUCUAGCGAGAUGACGUUAGCCCGAUUACUGCCCAGCGCGUGGUUUUGUGCAAGCGAGAAUCACCGGACCUCGUUACACACUUUUCCUUCCUUUUUCCAUCCUAAAUAAUUCUCUUAUCACGAUUAUUGUGAACGGAUGAAUCGUAAACCCCAUUUAAAUUUCUCGGUUCUUGCUCUGAAGCAUAGAUAACGAGUGAUAUUGGUAUUUAAUAGAUUAGAUGCGUAUUAGAUUCUUUAUUAUAAUAGAUAAGCAGGAUCAUACUGACGAAAAGUCGUAUACAACGAAUAAAUAUAUAUUAUGAUUAUAUUUCAAGAUUUUAUUCAUUAGAAAUAUAUUUGUAAUCUUUACAGUAAUAUGAUUACGACGAACGUUUGCGAUGAUUCAAUCGAAUGUAAAGUUUUAAACAAGAGGAUCGAUUUAAAGUGUAGAUUUGAAAGGGAGGAUGGACGGAUAAGAAAAAUUUGCGAAUCUCGAGAGUUGCAAACCGAUAUCAGAAAUCCUCUAGAACAUCCGCGCCCAUCGAAGGAAUAAUAUUUGUUCGCGGUUUCAUCGUGAUGUACGUGACGUGAUAGUAGAUGGUCUAUAUGGAUAUACCUUCAUUUACGUAUGUAUGCGUGCAUGACGUGGAACUCAUAUUCGUUCUUUCUCACGGAGUUUCCGUUCGGCUAGACAACGAAGGAUAGUAUGGCAAAUUUGAAUUUCGAUAUGCUGCGACGACUUCUCUUUUUCCAAGAUUUUUUUUAUGCAGAUCUUUAUCAAAUCUUCACAGUAUUGAAACAGGAUUGGAAAGUUAUUUUGUCGAUUCCUUUAUUCUGCCAUAUGUAUGUACUAUUUCAAUAAUUAAAAUAAAAAUAUCUAAUACAUAAAACACUUAGAAAUAUGUUUAGCCAAAUAAGAAAUAGUAAAUAUCAACGUUACUGUCAUUAUCGAUUUUAACGAGAAAAUUUUUCGAUAUUUUAUUUAAUCUAGUUGCUUUCAUAAAUAAAAGAAUCAAAACCAUUUCUCAUCAAUAAGGGACGAAGCGAGAGAUGCUCUGUGAACGUUUACUGUUCAUGCGUGACUGAGAAGUAUUCAUUCUAUAUAGUAAAAACCGUGAUCGUUUCGGGUCUCAAUAGUAGCAAUGUGUACCGAGUCGAAGAGGAACACAGAGAAGAGAAAGAGAGAUGGAUAUAGAGAAGCGAAAAAUGCGAAAUCUUGUUAUCGCGGUGACUCGAACGACGAGCUAUUCAUCAAGCGUAUCAUUUCCACAUAGCUCGGCCGCGGUGCAGUGAUGAAUGCGCGCUCGUAAUUAGAAUUUUUUUCGGUAUAUACAGGGUGUAUAUAAAUUAUAAGUACAAGCCUUAUGGAUAGAUAGAAAUCAUUGAAAAAGGAACACAAAUGUUUAAUUAU